AUUUUCCAAGUAUUUUUGACAUUUCAUAUUGUCCAUGAGCUAAACGAUACUGAUAACGAAUGAAAAAUUGAGUCAAUCAAAACGAGAUUGUGAGACUAUUGACGUUUCGUUGUUAACAAACCUUCCACAAAAAAUAAACAAAUUGUAAAUGCGGUCCGAUAGCCGGGUGAUUAAUUUAUCGUUAGCAUCUGAAGAGCUUUGUUCGCUGUCUCCUUUGUAAUUUGCGAUAAACGAUAACAUGGAUAAAAGAGGAAACGACAAGAGUGUGGAUAAGUCCAAUAUAAUUUACUAUGUCGCCAAGAAAAAUACUGUACUAAAUAGGAUAUCCGGAAGCUGUGAUGUGAACAUAAGCACAUUGCGAAUGGGGAUGUUGGUAGAAGGACUAGAGGUCCUCAGAGAUGGAGGACUUCGCGUGAGGGUGAAAGAUCCAGGAGGAUCUGAAGUUUGGAAGAAUACCCAGUGGCUCUGUCACCGUUACGAUCUUGUACCUGUUUCAUUUAUAAUGUGGCAAUACCUAGCAGCGGUUCCAGGUCCACUAGAUAGAGUUAAACUUGCUACGGACAAACAAUUAUGCAAAGAAUUGAAUGACAUCAGACUAAAUAGCGAGGUUUUUGUUCGAACUGACGCUAAAACUUCAUCUCCAGAAGUUAAAGCAGUCAUUAAGUACAUCGGACCUGUACCAGAGCUUGGUUCAGGGUUUUACUUCGGUCUUGAGAUUUUGGGCAAUCACCUCCAAGUAUCUCAGAACGGCGUACCGAUCGAAGAGUACUUUAGAACAUCGCAGGGACAUGGAAUUUUUGUAAACUUGAAUAACAUAAGAAUUUGUAAAACGGAUUUAUUGGACUUUGGAGUACCGAGUGAAAAAGAAUACACAAAUUCUGAAGAGAAUGUUACUAGUACUUAUAACGUUCUACCCAAUAAUGAUAAUCUGAUGGACAAACAUCGUGUAGGCGCAUCUGUAGAGGUACAAUUGGGAUCACAGAAAUAUCCUGGAUUUAUUAGAUGGGUUGGAGCUCUACCGGGUGUUCCACCUGAGAAACUUAUCGCUGGAGUUGAAUUAGAAGAUGAACACCCACUCGGAAGUGAUGGUACUUGUAACGACAUCAGAUACUUUCACUGUAAACCACAUAGAGCUUUGUUCGUGGACAUGAAACAAUGCCACUAUUAUGAUAGAAUGCAUGAUGACGAUGAAAAAAUAAGUGAAAUUGACCAAUUUGUUAAUGCUGGAAGCUCCGUUAUAGCAGGAAUGGUCAGACCAAUAUCCGUAAAAGGUGAUUUAGAAAGUAUUUGUGGAAAAUACAGAGGUAUUCAAGGCCAUCAUAACUCGUGUUACCUCGAUGCUACUUUGUUCAGUAUGUUCACAUUUACACAUGUCUUUGACAAUCUUUUGUUCAGACCUCCUAAUGCCAAGGACUGUCCGCAGUACGAUGAAGUACAAAGAGUUCUUCGUGAGGAGAUCGUGAACCCUCUGAGAAAAAAUUUAUUCGUCAGAGCUAAUCGUGUAAUGAAACUGAGAACUCUGUUAGACAAUUUGUCCUCCAUUUCCGGUCUGACCAGCGAAGAAAAAGAUCCUGAAGAAUUUCUUACUUCCUUGGUAGCACAGAUUUUGAAAGCAGAACCCUUUCUAAAACUUAGUUCUGGUCAAGACGCCUAUCAUUAUCAAUUAUUUGUAGAAAAGGACGAUCACCUGAAUCUACCAACGGUUCAACAACUUCUUGAACAAAGUUUUCUAGCCAGCGAUAUCAGACUAAAAGAAGUUCCUUCUUGCUUAAUAAUCCAAAUGCCCCGCUUUGGAAAGUCAUUCAAGAUGUAUCAAAAAAUUCAACCGUCACAGCUGCUUGAUGUAACAGAUAUCAUCGAUGACUCCCCCAGGCAAUGUACGGUAUGUGGAAAGUUAGCAGAAUUUGAAUGCAAAGAAUGCUACGGUCAAUGCGGUGUCGGUCUUGAGAGUAUUGCCUUUUGUGUCAAAUGUCUAGAGAAGGUACAUAGUCACGAGAAGAGAACGAGCCACAAGCCAAAAAAACUAACAGUCCCGAUGGAGUUUGCGAUUCUCCAAGAACACUGUCCCGUUCCACGACUGUACUUAGAACUGUCAGCCGUUGUAUGCAUUGAAACCUCACAUUACGUUUCAUUUGUAAAAUGUGGUUCAGGUUCAGAUGCCCCAUGGUGUUUUUUCGACUCAAUGGCAGAUCGAAAAGGUGAACAAAAUGGUUACAAUAUUCCGGAAAUGGUUCCCUGCCCAGAUUUUCCAUACUGGUUGAGUGAAGACGGGGCUACAUAUCUGACAGAAUUGACUGACGAUAAACAAUUACCUGAACACGCAAAGCGGCUGUUGUGCGACGCUUACAUGUGCAUGUAUCAAUCACCUGAUGUGAUGAUGUACCGAUAAUCGAUGAAUAAAAAGAAUAACAUUAACUAAAUAAAAUAAA